AUGAUCAACACGAUCAGCGGCGGCCCCACUCUGGCGGGACUCUCUAACCGUUCGAUGAAGCAGUAUGUGCGUGCCGCCCACUGCCCUCAAGUCUUCGGCAUAGAGGACGAUCGGUGCCGAAAGUUGCCGAAGGUGGGAUGGGAGCCUAUCACAUUUUGUGAAGAAGAUGAGGAGGGGAUCAUCUACCCCCACGACGACCCAAUGAUCAUUCAGGCCGAGAUCGUCGAUUACGAUGUGGGUCGGGUGCUGAUUGACACCGGAAGCUCGGUGAACGUGAUUUUUGCCGAUGCGUUCAAGGGACUGGGGAUUGCCGACAGCAUGGUCAAUCGGCAAAUUACGCCUCUACUCAGUUUUUCUGGAGAUCUGGUCCAGCCAGUUGGUAGCAUCAGUCUGCCCAUCGCCUUCGGCGUCGCCCCCAGGAAAACAAUGACCUACGACCAAUUCCUCAUUGUCGAUUGCCCAACGGCAUACAACGUCAUCAUAGGGCGAACGACACUCACCAGGAUCAAAGCCCACUUGUCGCCCCACAUGUUGCUGAUGAAGUUCCCAACACGCAACGGGACUAGUAGCGAACUUAUUGACGACCCCAGGGAGGAAAACCCAGCGCCGAUGGCGCAGCCCGCCGAGGAGCUCGAGACCGUAAUCCUGAACGAGGAGUUCCCCGAUCGGUGGGUAAAGAUCGGCACCAAUCUGGAUCCGGACCUCCGAAGACAGUUCAUUGACUUCUUACGGCAGCAGGCGGAAGUCUUCGCCUGGUCUUAUGACGAUAUGCCCGGCAUAUCCCCUAAUGUCAUCAGCCACAAGCUCAGUAUCUCCACCGCACACAAACCGGUCAGACAAAAGCGCCGAUUGUACGACGCCGAAUGA